AUGUCGGUGGCCUUGUCACUCUUUGCUUGCUGUGCUCUUCCAAAGGAGUCAAUCGAUGACCGUGAAAUCAUUAAGUGGCAGCAAAAGCGUAACAGAGAAAUAGAAAAAGAAUUGAAAAAGGAGAAGAUUCGUCUUCGUCAAAGACAGAUGAUCUUACUAUUGGGUACUGGUGAGAGUGGAAAAAGUACUUUUCUCAAGCAAAUAAAAAUUAUCAAUGGGAAACAUUUUACAAACCGUGAACUCGAACAGCUCAAGGAUAUUAUCUAUGAUAACAUAUACAAAGGUGUUUUGUUCCUACUCCAGGCACGGGAAAGUCUCAAUAUUCCAUGGGCUGGUGGACUUGGUUCUGCUGCUGCUCAAGCUAGUAAAGAAAUCGAGACGCAUUUUAAAGAAACUCGAAUGAUGCGUCGUGAACGAGCUCGGCUUGGUCAACCACUUUGGUUGGAGGAAGAAUUCCUUGAAAUCGUACCCUCAAUGAGUGCAAUCUGGGAAGAUGAGAGUGUUCGAUUAGCAUUCGAUCAACGUUCAAAAAUAAUUACAGAAAAUUUCAGCGAGAACACGCGCUAUUAUCUCAAUCGUUUAAAUCAUAUUGGUGUAAAAAAUUAUCGUCCAACUAAUGAAGAUAUAGUUUGGUCACGUAAACCAACGGAAUCUAUUAUUGAAGAGGAAAUAAAUGUUUACGCAUCCUCACUUGUAUUUAUUGAUGUUGGUGGGCAAACCAAAGAACGUCGUAAAUGGUGUAAAUGUUUUGCUGAUAUGACAUCUGUCUUAUUUCUUAUUGCUUCUAGUCAUUAUGAUGAACAUUAUCAAGAUCGACUAACUAAAGAAUUUAGAAAUAAAUUACAUGAAGCUAUGAUUGUUUUUGAAGGAUUUGUCAAUCAUGUUGCUUUUAGACGUGUUUCUAUUAUUAUAUUUUUCAAUAAAACUGAUAUACUUAAAGAAAAGUUAAACUCCCGUACAUCCAAUAUUCGUGAUGAAUUUCCUAAUUAUCCUCUGAAAUUGGAUCCAUUUCGCCUACAAGAUGUCCAAACAUUUAUGGUUGAUGUUUUUGCUUCUUUAGUAAAUCACAAUUUUCCACCAGAUACACAAGCUCGUUCAAGCCUUUCACACUCAUCAUUCAAUAAUACUACUAAAUAUUCAUCACUUUAUCGAAAAAGCUCUGUACCUAUGUCGACCAACUUAACAUGUACAGGGCCUGUCCGUAAACGUAUGGUUUAUCGGCAUUUCACAACUGCUGUAGAUAGGCGAAAUAUCGAAACAGUAUUUAAUGCAAUGCAAGAUACAUUAUUACAAAAUAAUUUACGCCGUAUCAUGAUGAGCUGAAUAAAUAUGUAUUAAAUUUUCAAAUAUUUUGAUUAUAAAUUUUUUGUUUCCGUUUUCUGAUUUAGUUUAUGAUGUUGUUUGCGCCUCUGAAUCUCGGUGAACAUACUAUCUAUAUCUUCCAAAAAUGAAUUAUACAUCAUACUAUACUUAUCAUCAUUGUGUGUGCCAAAAAUUAUGCGCUUAUCAUUUCAUUCAUUAUUUUCCUAUCCAAUCGUAAAUUGUCUUUCAUUCUACUCAAUUCUUAUUAUAUAAAUAUAUGUGCUUUUUGAAUUUGUAAUCAUUCCUUACGGAUUCUCAGCGGGUAUAUGGAUGCACAAUACGAUAAAAGUGUAGGCACCUAUCAAACAUAUAUAGCAAUAUUGAUUUAUUCUAUUUGAUUUGUGUAAAUAAUAUAUUGUUUAUUUUUCCAUAUAUAUUAGCUUUUUUAAGUACUAUCCUCAUUCUUAUAUUUUGUUGUUCUUAGCCCAUUCAUGAUUCAGUGCUUUUAAAUCACGAGUUUCUUCAACAUAUUAUCUUUUUUAAUAUCUUGUCUUGUUUUUUGCUAUAAAGCGACUGUUUCAUACUUUUCAACUUGUUAGAGUUGUUGACUUAUAAACAUGUUUUGUUUAUUGUAAUUAUGUCUGGUGUACCUGAAGGUUGUUUAUGUAACAAUAAAAUAAAUUGACUUUGGUCAUGCUGAAUGUUU